GUUAUUUUAGCUUCACCACCAAAGUUUAUAACAUUUGAACAAUUGAUGGCAGCAGCUAAUGGUGUUAAGAACAUGACUUUAGCCCAUGAAAUUGUAGUUGAUAAUAAUUUUGAAAUAGAAAAACCACAAUUAGAGAAAAACAGUCUAGAGAAAGUGGUGACAGACAUAGCACACAAAGCAUUCUGGGAUUUAUUAGAAGAAAAAUUAAAUGAAGAACCACCAGAUUAUAAAAAUGCCUUGGUUUUGAUACAAGAAAUAAAAGAGACUUUAUCAAUGAUAUUACCACCACAAUGUGAAAGAUUAAAGAAACAAAUGGAUGAAGUACUAGACCUAGAGUUAAUUAAACAGAAGAUGGAACAUGAAGUAUUUGAUAUGUUUUAUUAUUCUGACUAUGUAUUAGGAAUAAUGGCAAGACUAUGUGCUCCUGUUAGAGAUGAUGAUAUUGCUAAACUAAAAACAGUGAAAGAAAUUAUACCACUAUUCAAAGGUAUAUUCGAAGUGUUAGAUCUAAUGAAAAUGGAUAUGGCUAAUUACACCAUAGCUCAAAUCAGGCCUUAUUUACAACAACAAUCUGCUGAAUAUGAGAGGAAGAAAUUUAAAGAGUUUCUGGACAAACAGAAAGAUGGGUUACAAUAUACUAAAGUUUGGUUGAAAGAAAGUCAUGAUAAGUUAAAGAAAUUAGAAGAUGAACUGAAUACAGAAACAAGUACACCAAUCACCAUGGCAACUCCUCAGGCCAUUUUAAAUGAAGCCUAUAUGGAAUUAUUACAAUGGUCAAAUAGAUAUCCAUUUCCUGAAACUCUACUGAUGGAUCAAGGCAGAUUUCAUGAUUUACAAGAGACCAUUAAUAAAUGUACUAUAAUAGCUAGUAUACUAUUAGUUACUUAUAAUACUGUUGGAGCUCCUAUAGCUGGUAUUAAAGAUUUAAAACAGACACUAAAAUCACAAAUACUCACACUCUUAGAGGCCAAUAAAGACAAAGAUGCUCGAGAGAAUAUUAGUGAACAAGUUAAAUCAGAAGUCAAUAAAUGUUUAAUGUCUCAUGCUUUUCCACAACUUGGCCAGAAAGAAGGAUUGUUAAUGGGUCAAGUUAAAGAUGUAUUUAAUACAGAAAAUUCUAUUUAUGCUUUGAUGAGUAAAAGGUUGUUAGAUUUUAUAAGAGAAGCAAUAAAGACUAAACAUGUAUCAUCAUUAAAGGUACCAGCUGGGUUUACUGCUGUAGAAACAGAAUUAAGUGGAGUUCUAGGUCAAUUUCUACGUCUCAUUUCACAUAAUAGAUCUGUAUUUGGUGUGUAUUAUGCUGAGAUUAUUGGUGCUAUAUUGGAAAGACAACAAGACCUAUCUCCUAGAUAA